AUGCUCGCAUCUCAGCGCGCGCUCUCGUCGCUGUGUCGCGCGGGACGACCUCGGCUCGUCUCUUCGUCCGGGCGUCUCGUCGACGGCAGAGCGGCGACGUGCGCGCGCGGGGGUCGGCCGACCUCGCGAAUCGCGGCGCCCCAUUCGUCCAACAACCAUCGCGCGUGGGCGGUCCCCCGCUCGCGAUGGUCCGCCGCGGCGGGCGACCGCGGCGUCGCGUCCUCCGCGACCACGCCGCGCCUCGACGGCGACCGCGACCGCGUCGCGCGGCCGCGCCUCGGCGCGCGACGGACGGACGUCCGCGCGUUCGCGGAGAAGGCCUCCUCGUCGCGAUCGUCCGUCGACGACGCCGACUACGACGGCGAGGAGCUCGCUCACGUGGACGAGCUCGGCGAGCCGAUCGUGUCGGACGACGACGACGACGUCGACGCGAACGACCUGAUCAACACGUCCGGGACGGACUGGGGCGAGCUCGCGCUGCGUUCCAUGCGAACGACGCUGAGCGACGACGAAUUUAACGGCGAGCUCGAGAUUUACUCGUUCAAGGUGUCCGUCGAGCGGCGGCGGGUGUACGCGAGCGUCGACGCGGUGAAGGACAAGUUCGGGUCGCCGACGCUGGACCAGCUCGGCGAGGUGAGCAGGAAGUUCAACGCGCUCUUGGAGGAGGAAAACUUCCCGGAAGACGUCGCGUUGGAGGUGGCGUCGCCGGGGGCGGAGCGUGCGUUGCGGCUGCCGGAUGACCUGCCGCGGUUCCGGAACCUCACGAUGAAGGUGACGUACGCCGCCGCCGCGGAGGACGACGGCGCGGAGGGGACGAGGACGAGGGUGAUGGACGUCGUGGACGUGGACGGCGACGCGGUCGAGUUCAAGCUCGCGGACGUCCCGGAGAACCGACCGCAGGCGAAGAAGGGGCAGGGGAUGAACAAGAAGCAGAGAGAGUGGCGGCUGAAAAUUCCCAUCGCGGACGUCGCGAAGGCGAACUUGUUCAUCGACGUGUGA